GAUACUCUCCUUCGAAGGAACACGUUCUGAGAGGAAAAAAAAUAUUAAUCUUAUCUCUUUGCUGUCAUGAAAGUAUUAUCCUUGCGGCCCUGUACUGAAAAUUGUUGGCAGACGAACUUGGAAGUGGAGACCGGUUAGGUAACGCCCUUGCUACAAACCUAAGUACAGAAACUUGGAAACACAAUGAAAAGAAUUCUGCUUUUUGCGAUUUUGCUGAUUUCGGGCACAAAAGUACAGGGAGCGCUGAAGCUGGCGUCUGUGUUCAGCAGCCACAUGGUCCUGCAGCGCGCCCCCCAGAGGGCCGUCAUCUGGGGCACGGCCACCGUCGAGGGCGACAAAGUCACUGCACAGGUCAUCGCCACAGGCGUGAACAUAGCUCCUGUCGUCACUACCGUCUCUCACGGCGUCUGGAAACUCAAGCUGCAGCCUGUCUCAUCCCCAGGACCCUUCACCAUCAACAUCUCGUCCAGUGAGGGUCACGUGACCUUAACCGACGUGCUGUUCGGCGACGUGUGGCUGUGUUCUGGCCAGAGCAACAUGUAUUUCGUCAUGAGCCAGGUGAUGAACGCUACCAUCGAGAUCCAGCGUGCACUGGGAUUUCCGAAUAUCCGCUUUACAAAGGUCAGAACGACUGCCUCAGCCUCGCCCUACGACAACGCUGUCUUCGACAUUCCCUGGUCUGGUCCCUCUGUCACCUCCCUACACGGCUUCUCCGCGGUCUGCUGGCUCUUUGCCGAGUACCUGUAUCCUCACCUCAAGUACCCCAUAGGCCUGAUUGAAGCUUCUGUGGGUGGAACAGUCAUCGAGGCCUGGUCUUCACCCGAGGCCCUCCACGACUGUACCUCUGCCACAAAACGAGCUAAUAAUAACGAUCCCUCUGCCUUGUGGAAUGGUAUGAUUCAUCCUCUGCUGUCCAACACGCUGUUUGGAGUUUUGUGGUACCAAGGGGAGCAGAACUCCGGGCACUCCGGGCAGUACUCCUGCCAGAUACAAGCCCUGCUCAAACGCUGGCGCUCAUCCUUCAACACACAGUCUUUAGCGGAGACAGCAGCAGACUUUCCGUUUGGUUAUGUACAGCUGGCGCCGCACAACCAGGGUGAGAACUACGUCGGGUCCUACCCGCCAGAGAGGUGGGCGCAGACAGCCGGGUACGGGUACAGUCCUAACCCUGCCCUACCCAAAACUUUCAUGGCCGUGGCCAUGGACCUGCCUGACUUUGCCUCGCCACAAGGAGGCAUCCACCCGCGCUAUAAGCAAGAUGUAGCAGAAAGGCUGAUGGUGGGCGCCCUGAAUAUUGCCUACGGUCACAGUGAUGUGGUCUUCCAGGGUCCCUUCCCCAGCAAGUUCCAGCUUGACACAGCGCACCACACACUCACCAUUGAGUACGACAGUGGGCGAACUCCUCUAGAGAUCAGGAACAAUAAAGGUUUCGAGGUCUGCUGCAGUCAUUCAGGCGGCACCCAAUGCGGAGUACAUGAUUUGUGGAUGGCAACACCAAUCGUUGGGCACGAAGGAAGUCACGUGACAGUGUCUACCUCAGUCUGUACGACUAUGAAGGUGAUAGGACUGCGGUACGAAUGGUAUACGAGUCCUUGCCCCUACAAACUCUGUGCCAUCUACAGCGCCGACUCCGGUCUGCCUGCACCACCGUAUAUCACUACAAGUAUUCCUCAAUAAAACAUCAGCGAAGCAUCAACCCGUGAAUGUAUGCAAUAUGUCGUUCAGUUCAUUAAGUUCAAAAUAAUCAUUAAAAAUGAGCUAGAAUUGUUGUUUAGACUUCCAUUACUUAAAAAACAGUUUGAAAUUACCAUUGACCAUCAAUGAACCAAACCUUUUCACACUGCUGGCAACAGAAUGUCAGAAUAUACACUUUUCCCUUAAAAAAAUGAAUACAAAAGUAUAUUUUCGAGUUGAUUUUAAAGGUUGAUGCCUUGGUUUGUUUUACCUGAGAGUCUAUCAGUUACCUUAAAUACAAUGUUUCAAUCAAAUUAUGUCACCAUGCAGUUCAAUAAAACAUUUUCAAACUGAUUUAUUGAUUCAUUAUUUUAAGCGACAGUC